AUGUCCGGGCUGGGGCACCCACCCCUAGGGCCACACUUGCAACAUCGAGGGCCACCACAGGAGCAGCUGGGGGGCACCAGCCCCAGCACGUGUGACACCCCCCCCCCCCCCCCCCAGUGACACUGCUGGGGCUCUCCCCAGCAAAGCCCCUUUAAGGGCUGCUCGGGGCGGUGCGGCAUUAAUUUUAGCCUGGAGUGCAGCCAGGGGCACGCGGGGGCUGCAGGGCAGCUGCUGCAGCGCCUCCGCACCCUGCCCUCCCCCGGGCCCUCCCCCUGCAGAGCCCCAAUUUCGCUUCUUUUCACCCGACGGGUGCCAGCCUGGCGGCAGCGGAGCUAUGGCAGAGGAGCAGAGCGAGCUGGAGGAGAGGAUCAUCAUCAAGGACCAACACACCAAGGAGAUCGACCUGGUGAACAGAGACCCGAAGCGGAUAAAUGAAGAUGUUGUGAAGGUGGAUUUUGAAGACGUGAUAGCUGAGCCAGUGGGAACGUACAGCUUUGACGGUGUCUGGAAAACCAGCUACACCACCUUCACCGUCAGCAAGUACUGGUGCUACCGGCUGCUUUCUGCCAUCCUGGGAAUCCCCCUGGCUGUGGUCUGGGGCUUCCUCUUUGCCCUCAUCUCCUUCUGCCACAUCUGGGCAGUGGUGCCCUGCAUCAAGAGCUACCUGAUCGAGAUCCAGUGCGUCAGCCGCAUCUACUCCCUCUGCAUCCACACCUUCUGCGACCCGCUCUUCGAGGCACUCUCUAAGAUCUGCAGCAACAUCAGAGUUGCUCUGCGGAAGGAAACCUAGAUCUCAACAGCUGCCCCAACCAUCGUGCUGCACCGGUUUCCUGAGCAACUCGCGGCCUGCCCACCUCGGUCACGCUGCCACCUCACCUGGGGGACCUGCGCAGCACGCAGGAGGCUGUGGCACAGCUGGCUCUCGGGACUCUCUCCCAAGAAGGAGGCACACCAAGCUGCCCCUCGAUCCAUCCUAAAGACAGCAGUGGCAGCAGAACCUGGCAUCAUGCCCUGCUCCUGCAGGAAGGACCGCAGCAUCCCCCAGACCACAACAUCCCCCAGACCUCAGCAUUUUCUGGACCUCAGCAUCCCCCAGACCUCAGCAUCUUCUGGACUGCCACAUCUCCUGGACCAUGGCCCUGGGCCACCACCUGCAGCUGCAGAGCAGGGAGGGAGCAGCAGAUCCACCAGCAUGCUACCAGCUGCCCCACACAGCCCUGCCUGCUCCAUCUCCUCCCUCUAGCAUAACCCUAAAAAAAAUAGUCACAUAUGAAUUAUUUGCUGCAAAUAAUUGUUGUGAAAGCUUCUGUAUUAAAUCAGGCUGCACAAAAGGCUUAUGGAUAGAAUAGUGAAAAACAAAACAAAACAAACAAAAAAAAAACUCUUUUUCCCUGUGUGUUCCCAUUUCAGCAGAGCUUCAAAAAGCAGAUCGAUUAGUGUAUGAAAUGCUGUGUCUGCCUCCUGAGAGGACGUGAAGGGCUUGGGCUGCCGACAACUGCACAGCCACUCGUGGCAGUUUGAUGCUCACUGCUGAAUUACAGAGCAGCGCUGUGCCUGUGGGCAGGAUGCCCCUGGGAGCACCAAACACGGGGCAGCUGCGCGGGUGCUCCCCGCAGACAGACAGCACCUACAGAGCGGGCUCGCCACGGGGAGCAGAGGGAGCAGACGGAUCCCACAGACCCCCCAAGGAGGGGACCCGGCCAUGCCCAGCACCGGGGCUGGAUGCUCGUGGAAGGCACGGGUCACAGCAGCCCAUGGAAGGGCGUUUGCCACACACCGUGCCGCAGGGCUGCCAGCGCUCCUGGUGGGCAUGUGGGGGGCACGGGACCCCCGGGCACCCCCAGCACUGCCCCCAUGUCCGGCUGGGGCCCAGCCUCCUGGGGGCAACGCGGCGCUCCUGAAAAGGGGGAGAGGGGAAGGGUACAGUUCGGAGCUGUGUCCUCCCCUGGGCUGUCAGUCAGUUUGUUUGGCCCGUCUUCCGCAGAGCUGUGUUUUAACCGUGAGGCGCUUUGUUGGCUCUGUCUUUAAGUGCUUUGCUGAAUCAGGGCCCAGGAGGUCUCAUUGUUCAGUUAUUAUUCUCAAUUGUAUUCAUGUGCUUUUUUUCCUUGGCUUCCAACAAAUACUUGAAGCCAAAGUCUCUGCUAGUGCUAUGCCAAGGACAAGGAAGAGCCAGAUUUUCUAUUGGUGCUCCUCCAGUGACUUGGGACUGUGGACCUUCGUUAUCCCACAGCAACGUAGCACUGAUGCUCCAGCAACACCAGGCCUCGAGACGGAUAGAGGUACACGCAAGAAAAAAAGAUAUCUAGAUGUUUGUAGGGAAAAAAAUGUUUCCAAUAACA